GGAGGAAAGAACCGGAGACGUGGAAAGAAUGAGAACGACGAUGACAAGCGCGAGCUCGUCUUCAAGGAAGAUGGCCAGGAGUACGCUCAAGUGACGAAGAUGCUUGGUAAUGGGAGAUUGGAGGCGCAAUGUUUCGAUGGUGAGAAGCGAUUGGCGCAUAUCAGGGGUAAGAUGCGGAAGAAGGUUUGGAUUAAUCAAGGAGACAUCAUCCUCCUGUCCUUGCGAGAUUUCCAGGAUGACAAGGCAGAUGUGAUUGUGAAGUACACCGCUGACGAAGCUCGGAGCUUGAAAGCGUACGGCGAGCUUCCCGAAAAUGCCAAGAUCAACGAGACAGAGACAUUUGGCGACGAGGAGGGUGAAUGCACCUUCGAGUUCGGCGACGAGGGCGAGGUGGAUAUUGAUGAGAUUUAA